AUGAGUGAGCUGCGCCAGCCUGAGGCAGACCUUCAGGACCCAGUCCAGGCCCAGGGCCCGGUGGAGGCGCAGCUGUUCGGGGCUGCGGGGGAGGAGGCCGCAUCCCCCUCGUCCUCCUCCUCUCCCGUCGCCCCCUCCUUCUCCGCCUAUGCCGAGUCCUUGCUCCAACAUGCACUACAUCAGGAGGUGGCUGACCUGGUGGCGUUCCUGCUCCUCAAGUAUCGCACAAAGGAGACCACCACAAAGGCAGAAAUGCUGACCAUCCUCAAUGAUUACCAGGACCACUUCCCCGUGGUCUUCAGGCGAGCCUCCGAGUGCAUGCAGCUGGUCCUUGGCCUCGACGUGAAGGAAGUGGACCCCAGCAAUCACUCCUAUGUCCUCGUCCCCACCCUGGGCCUCACCUACGAUGGGAUGCUGAGUGACGGGCCGAGCAUGCCCAAGCCCGGCCUCCUGGUGUUGCUCCUGGGCCUGAUCCUCCUGGAGGACGACUUUAUUGCCCCUGAGGAGGAGGUGUGGGGAGCACUUAGCAAGGUGGGUGUGUGUGCCGGGAGGGAGCACUGCAUCUACGGGGAGCCCAGAGAGCUCCUCACCAAAGUGUGGGUGCAGGAGGGCUACAUGGAGUACCGGCAGGUGCCCCACAGUGACCCCGCCCGCUACGAGUUCCUGUGGGGUCCCCGGGCCCAUGCGGAGGCCAGCAAGUGGCAGGUCCUGGAGUAUCUGCUCAGGGCCACUGGAUGGGAUCCCAGGUCCUUCCCAUCCCUGUGUGCAGAGGCUGUGAGCGAUGAGGAAGAGGGGGCCUGA